AUGUAAUAAAAUCUAAGCUCUGAUUGGAAAAACAAUUUGUUUUGUACUAUUCAUAGAGAAGAGUGUGUGGGAUUUUGUUGUCUUAAUAAAAAUUGUUCUGAAAAUAGAUUGUGUUGUUAGAAAUGUUUAUAAUAAUAUCAUUAAUAUCACACUAAUGAAAUAAUUAUACUUGAUGCCUUGGAAGAAUUCAUUUCAAACUCUUCAAAAAAUGUAAAAUAAGUGAUAGCAACUUCAAAAAAUAGAUUUGAAUGUGUAAAAGAGUCGAUUGAUUCUCUCAUCUAUAAACUAGAAAAUAAAAUAUAUGGUUUAGAAUCAAGUAUCUAAAAAUUGAACACAAGCUAACUCGAGGAACUUAUUAAAUACUCUUUUUAAUAUGAGGAACUUGAACAGAUUUUAAAGUCUUCAUUUGAUGAAUUAACAAAUCAUAUUUAAAAAACACUUGAAGGAAUUUAUUUGAAUUACUCCCUACAUGAUAGAAUACAACUUGAUGAAUAAAUAAUCGUUGAAUUAGGAGAUGACUUAUUAAAAUAAAAAGAUUAUUUUAGAGCCAAAGAGUAUUUUGAAUAAUGCAUCUAAAUUAAUCCUAAAAAUAGUACAGCACUUUUAGGAAUAGGUAUUUUAUUNAAUAUAUCUGAAAGAAUAGCCAUCAAGUAAUCUAUUCAAUAUGAUAAAUGAU